AUGGCUGAUUCAGACAGCCCAGGCUGGAAAUGGUUUCCGAACGUGAAAAACAACUGGUCACUCGACGUCGUUACACUUCUUGCAGUCAUUGGCGAGUCGGCCAUGGCUGAGCAGACUCAGACCAUUACGGCGUCUUUACUAUGUCUCCUUCCACGACUGAUCCCUGCACCUCAAGCUCUUCUCAAGCCCUCACGCCCGAGCCGAAUGCCCGAAACACUUGCAAAAAUGACGGGUGUUUACAGCGGAACUACUCUCGACUCCGUGGGCUUCUUCGCGACCAUCAUCACGCCUCUGGACACCCUCCAGCCGUACAGCUUCAGUGUUUACGAGAUUAGACACACUGACCCAUCCCAGUUGUACGAGGCCGAUAUCAAUUCUUCUCCGGCCCAGGAAAGUUGGCCCACGCGAAGUCUCAACUGGGUCAAGUCUCGACGCUCAAGUUCCUAUAGCAAAGAACAACAACAGAAUGGGAAAGAGGCACGAUGCAAUCGUAUCGCUCGUGCCCCGAGGAUUGACGGCGGUCUACCUCUGCCUGCACAAGCAAGUUCACCUGCUGCGGCACGUAUAACCACCUUCGAAAUACCAGACAAGUCACUAUACGAUGAAGAAGCCCCCAAACCUAUCACACGCCGACUUACGGCGAAGCAAAAGGUUCAGGACAUGCUCGCAAACCCUACUUUUGCUAACACCAAAAAACGUCCUGCGGUCCCGGCCAAGCUGUUCUCGCCAAUUCACAUACUUUCAGUCUUUUCAUGUCUCUUGAGCAUGGCCAUUAUAGCAUGCGCUGUGGUGUGGGAAGAUGGCAAUGCUAUUUUGUCCGUCUUCUUCAUAUCCUUUACCUCGACGAUCGUGGGUUAUGCUUCGUCCUGGCAUCCCAUUCUCAUGAACCGAAAACACACGAAUCAAGUCCCUCGAGGCGAUGUCAUGAUCAGGACGCGGGAAGGCGCCUUUCUUCUCAUCAAAUGUACUGAAGAGGUUGCUCGAGAACUAUACUCGGGCACAGAAGAGUGUCACUAUCAUGUUGGUGGUCGUGCAUAUAGAUUACUCAUGGCUCUUGGGACUACUUUGCUCAUGCUAAGUGUUGUUCUGUUUGGAAACUGCACUUGGAACUCGCAGAUAUUUAUUGGCGGCAGUUACAUUGUUCUCAAUGGACUGUACUGGGGCCUGGGCAUGAUCCCUCGGUCCUAUUUUUGGGAUCUAUCUAGGUAUGAGUGUAAAGAGGUUACCCCCGACGAUGCGAAAAAUGCCCAUAAAACAACGAACGACAACGAUCAGCGGGAGGGCUAUCCCAGCUUCACGCGGACGUUGUGGUAUGCUAUUCGGGAAACUCAACGGACUGGUUGGGUUGCUGGCAGCGGAGCUGCGCCCAGUACUGACCAGUGGAAGAACUGGCUCAGGGAGGCGUUGGCGAAUGCUAAGAAUGGAAACAGGUCAUGGGGCUCCGUGGCCAGGAAGGAUGCCAUCGUUAAGGAGAAUCUUGCCGCCGACGAAGUCUUUGAUGAAGCAGCUCAACAUGCACCAGCUGUUGAAGUUCAGUCAACGGCUGCCGCGAGGCAAGGCCAUGACUGGGAGAAAGGCGGCUCAAAUUUUUGA